UGGCAGCGAUUGCCGUCUGCUGUCCUACGGAUUUAUUGCGAAAAUGGCGCAUUAUGUGAUAUUUUCACAAUUUUUAUCAAUUAUAAGUGAAAAUUUGUGUAGUGCUGCUAUGUGAUGUUGUGUUAAUUUACAUGAAUGACAGUGUUACUCGUGUGAUAAUAAGACUUCGACAUUCUUUGGGAUAUUGGAUUACACAUAAAAUAAAGGCAAAAUGGUGGUGGGCGAGAGUAAGCGUACUGCAAAUAUCAUGGACGGGAUCGAAAACACGGGGGACGUCCGCCUCCACGACCACCGGCUUCGGCUCAAACAAAGAUUUGAUAUAGUCAGAAAACUAGGUCAAGGCACAUACGGAAAGGUUCAGCUCGGCAUCAAUAAGAAAACUGGACAGGAGGUUGCUAUCAAGACGAUUAAAAAAUGUAAAAUUGAAACUGAGGCCGAUCUUAUUCGCAUCAGAAGAGAGGUUCAGAUCAUGUCUUCCGUCAGACAUCCUAAUAUUGUACAUAUUUAUGAAGUAUUUGAAAACAGCGAGAAGAUGAUUCUCGUGAUGGAGUACUGUUCUGGCGGUGAACUGUACGACUACCUCAGCCAGAAAAAAGUAUUAGAAGAAGACGAAGCCAGAAGGUUAUUCCGGCAGAUUGCAACCGCUGUUUAUUAUUGCCAUAUACAUAAAAUAUGUCAUAGAGAUUUAAAAUUAGAAAAUGUGUUACUCGACGACACUGGGAGUGCUAAGAUCGCUGAUUUCGGUCUCUCGAACGUUUUCAAGGAAACAUCUCUAUUGUCGACGUUUUGUGGAUCACCGUUAUAUGCUUCUCCAGAAAUAGUAAAAGGAACGCCGUACAUUGGACCUGAGGUGGAUUGUUGGUCAUUAGGAGUUUUACUGUACACCCUAGUAUACGGAGCGAUGCCGUUUGAUGGUUCGAACUUCAAGCGUCUGGUCAGACAGAUCAGCAAUGGCGAUUAUUAUGAACCUAAAAACCCAUCGACGGCGUCACCCUUGAUUCGGGAUAUGCUGACCGUGGAUCCGUUGAAGCGAGCGGAUAUCGCCUACAUCUGUGAUCAUCCCUGGGUGAACACGGGCUGCGAGACGUCGUGCCUGGAGAUGUCGGAGGCGCUGGCGGCCGAGACCCCCGUGCGCCUCGACCUGCUGCUGUCGCUGGCGCCCAACGCGCCCUCCAGCUCCAGCGUCGUCGUGCCGUCCGAGGCCACCGACCUCGGCCCGCAGGAGAGCCGCACGGAUCUCACGAGCUCCACCUCGAUGGCCGUCGAGCCGAGCAACUCCGCCGAGAAGAGGAUCCUCGAGCUCGUAGCCGAGGGCGGCGAGGACGCCAUCAAGCCGUCGCCCACGCGCACGCUGGUGUCGGCGGCCGACGGCAAGCGCCGCCUCGACGCGCCGCGCGCCAGUUGUGCGAGUAUGGCUCCCCUGUCUCCCGCUCUGCCCGAGGAGGAGGCUAAGUUCGAUUCUCCGCCGCCGGAACGAAUGUCUGAGGAUUCGAUACAGUUUACUCAGCCUUCGCUGAAAUCGUCCGCCACAAUGACGAUAUCUCCGGCGCCGACGCCGUCGCCCGCGCCCAAAGUAGAACAAAACGAAGUUGUAGAAAAUACUGUGAAAGAGGAAGAGCCCAAAGCUAAAACUAAAGUCGUAAUUAAGAAGAAAAUGUCGCCCCCAAAGGCCGACGAAAACGCGGAAAAAUUGGAGGAGCCUCAGGAUGGAAUCAAAACAAGUAGUGUGUCGUCGCCGACGGACAAACUGCCGUCUCCGUCGCUCGCUCAGCCGACGCCGGCGUCUGCGCCUGCUAAACCUAAGAAGCUGUCCAUACCAGGCGGUCACGUCGGAAGCUUCAAGGAGCAAUUCGAGAGACGCGCAUCCCUCACCGCCGCUCCGGAAAUAAAGCGAAAUAUCACCAAACCGGUCGUGUCGAAGAUCGCGAAGCCGAAGGCUCAGAGCGAGGACCGCGAACUGUCGAGCAAGGCGGGCGACAACGGCACCGUGCGGCUGCAGCAGAUCGGCAUCCAGCCGUCGCCGGUACGUACGCCCGCGCACUCACGGGAGCCGUGCCCGCAGGCGCCGCGCGGCGUGCAGAAGGCCGACAGCGAGCCCGCGCCCGGCGCCGCGCCCGACCCCGCCGCGCUGCUGAACGACGCGCGCCGGAGCUUGCAGAACUCGAUGGCCAAGCUGGCGGAGGAGCGCGCCGGGGAGGACAGUCGCCGUCGCGCCGCCAGGGACAUCAUCUCCUCUGCCAUUCGCACGGGCAAGCCACCGGUGCCCUACGGGCGCUCGUCGUCGGCGGGCGUGGCGGGCCUGCUGGCCCCCGCCGGGCCCCCUCCCGCCGCGCCUCCACCCGCGCCGCGCGUGUUCCGCACCGAGGCGCUGCACCGCGUCGAGGACCAUCGCAACAGAGGUGUAUCGGUGGAGCGCAUCAUCCCAAUCACAAUGCCGGGCGAGGAGCCGUCGCCGGCCACGCCGACGUCCACCGGCACGCCCACGUCGCCCGCCACGCCCGCCACGCCCGUCACGCCGGUCGCGUCGCCGCCCGCCUCGCUGACGUCUCCCGUGUCGCCCGCGGCCCCGCGCGUCACCCAGACGCCGCUGAGGCGGCUGGCGUCGGUGGAGUCGGCGGGCGAGGCGGCGUCGCCGUCGUCGGGCGAGCCCAUCAAGAAGUCGGCGCGCGAGUUCAUCAUCCCCAUCGCGGUGGAGGGCAAGGGCUACGUCACGCCGCGCCAGCGCAGCCUCGAGCCCGAGCGCCUCGCGCGCCCCGCCGUCGCGCGCCCGCGCCGCAUCAGCAGCCUGGUCAGCGGUGGGGAAUCGGAAGAGGAAGAUGAUACACAUAUGCACCGAUUGAGAUCUACUCGAGCUGCUCGUGCGGAGUCUGUGAGUUCCGGAGAAGAAGACGAGGAGGACGAGGGCUUCCACCUUCUCACCGCAGAGAAUCUUUUCUCCACUCUAUUACACAGAGUGCGAGCGCUAACUCAGCGACUCAACGGCGAGGAGGGCCCCGGCUUCCAGCACCCGCACUCGCUGUUCUACAACCUGCAGUCGCCCUUCUUCAACAGACUAAUAAAUAAUGACGUUUUUUCCGCAUGCAGCCCCCACUUACCGCGGAGAAACCUCUUGCGCGAGGGCUGGGGCUCGCGCGAGCUGCACGCGCCGUUCGACUCCAUGUUCGGCAAGGCGCGGCCCGCCACGCCCAGAGGUAGUAGUAAGAAAACCGGCAAGCACCAAACGAGAGCCUCGCCAAACUCGGAGACGGACGCCCCCGACGCACUGGAUCUGUCGGACCUGGACUUGAGCGCGAUAGAGUUCUCGGAGCGGGAGAUGCAGGCGCUGUCGGGCCUCACGCCGGCGCUGUCGCGGCGCCUGCAGCGCCACCUGCUGGCGCACCUGCCGCCGCGCGCCGCCGCGCGCCUGCGCCGCACGCUGUCGCUGCACGCCGCGCCCGCGCCGCCCGCGCGCGCGCGCGCCGACCGCUCGCUGUCGGCCGGCGGCGACCCGCGCCCGGGCGUCGCCGAGGAGCCCGCCGAGGAGCCCGCCGAUGAGCCCGCCGCCUCGUCCGCCUCGCAAUUCUGUACCCUGCCUCGAGUCCGGCGGCGUGAGGCCCCGUCGAGGGAACCCGAGUCGCCGCCCCCCGUUUCGGAGUUCGGACAGGAGAGUCCGUCGAGAGUGGACUCGUCGACCAGAGAUUCCGAUAGCUCUAGGGGCGAAAGCGCACGGUAUACUCAGGAGCGGCCUCUGCUGAGUAAAUAUUUGGCGCCUGAGAAACAUUUAUCUUUGGACGAGACGACGUAUUCAUCGGACGGUGGUAGUAUAUUGUCGGAACCUAGCUAUAUUGCAGCGUAUGGAUCGCCCGCCAUGAUCAAUACUCCGGGAUCGAAUUUCAGACGUCAUUCUUUAAGGUUGAGUGGAGACACGUCGAAAAAACGGAUUUCUAGAUUCCUUCGUUCAGAUUUCUUCGAUACACCUUCUGACGAGAGUUCAUAUGCUAAGCACAAGAAAGAAAAGGAAUUAGAAACUCAAAAAAUAUUAAAAGAAAUAAGAGAUAAGAAAAAUAAAUCGUUAGAAAUUGUCACUAAAAACCCUAUUGAAAUGAAUGAUUCUCAGCCUGCAUCAAAAGAUGAAUGUUCUACGAAAAAAUGUCUAUCUCCAAUGACUAAUUUAAUAUUAAAAGACCGCAGUAGAUCUAAUACGCCAUUUUUCCCUAUUCUAGAUAAUAUAAAGGAAACUAAUUUAGACUCUUCAGUUGUGAUGCAACAAACUAAAGAUCUUAAAGAAUGCAAUGACACGAAAAAUAAGGUUUCUAACUUAGAUUCAAAAUUAAGCAGGCCUAAAAGUUAUCCAAUAAAAAAUAUCGAAAAAUAUGACGAUACGAAUAAGAACUUAGUAACAGAUAGUUGUAGAAAUGACGAUAAUGAAAUAGAAGAUAGAAAAAUUUGCAGGGAAUCGAAACUAAUGCGACCAAAGAGCUAUCCUACAAGUAGUCCUUCUCCAGAAAAAGUUUAUUUGAACCGUAACAAUAAAAAAGAGGAUACAAAAACUUCCAAAGAAGUGACAAAUGUUUCAGAUGGAAAAACCGACGUAGAAGUAAGCUUUAGCAUAACUUUACCAAAAAAAACAAAAUCAUUAGUAUCGAAAUCAGACUCACAGACGAAAUUGGAAUCAAUGGAUUCAAAAUCAGAAAAUAAAAUGGUAAACGAUUCCUUGACAUUAAAGAAAUAUAAGGUUACAAAUUUAAAAGACAAAAAUGAAAAGGCGGAGAUAUCUGAAGUCAAGGUCGAUAACAGUGAUGAGCUAAAAAAGGUCAAAAAUGGUACUGUGAAAGACGAUGUAAAGUCAGCAUCGCCAGAAAAUCAAGUGAAUGAGAAAAAAGGAGUGAUUAAGAAGAAAAUUAUUAAAAAAGUUUCAUCAAAAUCAAAGACUGAUUUGAGCAUUUCAGACGCCAAUGAAACAAAAAAUUCUGGAGAUAAAAAGAAAGUCAUAAAAAAAGUUAAGGAAAAAGAUAAAAGUACAGAUGAUACUACGAAAACAACGACUGUUCCCAAAAAGAAAUCAGUAUUGCAAUCGAUAGGACAUAAGUUGGAAAAAUUUACAUCAUCCAAAUCAAAUUCACCAGAAAAAGUUUCUGACAAUAGUAUUCCAAUAAACGAUAAAAAUAAUGAUUCUUCUAAACAAAAUCGAAAUCAACGAGAACACUCGGUACCAGCAAAUAUCGAAUCGAUUUCAGAAUCUAAUUUAAUUAAAAGGGCUGUAACGAUAACUGAUGUUGCUGCUCUAGAAAAUAGCAAUCAAAAUAAAACAACUGUAUCCAAAGUAUUAGGUUUAUUCAGGAAAUUUGAACCAAAAGAAAAGAACUCUAAAUCGGUCAUAGAAAAAAAUAGCAAAGAAAAUAUAAACGUAAACAAUGAGUGUAUAGCUAAAAACGAUAAUGUAGCGAAUUUCAUUGAUCCAGAAGAAAAACCCAAACGGCCAAAUUCAUUAUUAUUAAACGGUUUAGGACGUAAAAGUAGAUUUAACAGGUCAUCGAGUGAAGAUGAUAAUAUAACAAAAGUAGAAAAUAAUGAACGCCAAGUACUUAAAAAAGAAAAUGAUUCCAAAAAUACUUUAAAAUUAGAUUUCUCUAGGUUGCCAAGAGUAAAAAAAAUAGUUCCUACAAAUGCUGUGAUAGAACCACAAAUUAUAAAUUAUUCUGAUGUUGAAAAACACGUAGACAAAAAUGACGUCUUAGACAAAAAUAAAGCACUUUUAGAUAGUGACCUAAAAGAUUAUUGCGAUACUUUGAAGCGAAGUCGAUCUCGAAGUAGAUCAACAUAUUCGAAUUCCGAUAUUAAGUCUGAAACGAGUAUAGAUGUCAAAAAUAAACAUCAUGUAAAUGACAGCACCCAUCACAUAUGCAUUCGAAAUCAUGAAUCGAUAAGUCCAGAGAAGGAGGAUAUAGUUGAUAGAAUAAGAAGAAAAAGUUUUUACUCGAGAUUUAACGAAAAGAAACAAAGAAGGAAGAGUAGUUUAGUUGGUCCCGGAGCUACGGAAUACGACCCAUUGGCGAGAAUACAUUCUCAUGCAACAGACUCAAAGUAUGACGCGUCACCGACUUCUCCAGGAAAUUAUGACCUCUCACCAGGCUUAUCGGUCGGUUCAGAUAUAUCACCGUCAACAGAACGCUACCGAUCUUUACUAAGCGAUUUGCCUAUCAAUACAAGAAGUAGCUACAGGUACGAUGGAAUUAAUGACAAAGUUGAUUUGUAUAGAUCACUUGACAGAAAAUAUUCGGGGGCCAGAUCGUAUCUGGAUUAUGAUCAACCGUCAUCGUACAAUUCUCAUAGAUAUUCGAGAACGAAAUCAUUAUUCGAAAGCACUGAUCCAAUAGAAGAUCAAACUUACGGUCUUCCUAGAGAUUCCCUUAAGUACAGCCGAACUAAUUCAUUAUUUUCACCCGGUAGUUAUGCUACAUACAGACCGAAACGAACGAGAAACUCUGCUAUAAUACUAAAAGAAAGCGAAAAAGAACCUAGUCCUGAAAACAUACUCGAUAAAAUAAGACAAAAAAAGAUUUCGAUCAGUGUUACAAGAAAGCCUGACCCUGAAAAGGAAUCAGUACCGAGAUCCAAUGUCACAUCUAAAAGCGAAGGCGACAGUUCAGAACGCGCUGCGAAAAUUGACUGAGAGGCGCUAUUGAUGAAAAUAUCCACUACGAAAUUUUAUUUGUAACGCAUUUCUGACAAUAGCAUAUUUAUUUACAGAUAAUAGACGUGAAAACGAACGUUUUCCAAAUACUAAACUGAAUACGACUAAAAUAUUUCCGUUUAUCUGUAACUACAUAGUAUUGACUGCAUACUUUUCUUGCCAAUAUCAUAGCAUAUCCAAAUUUUAUGUCGUACCUAAGAAUCUCGAAAGUCUCGUGAAAAGUUAUCGAAAAUGGAUUCAACAUCAUUUCUACAACUAAUAUAUUUAGUUAGAUAUUUCUUCGACAAGAUCUUUCAUAAGAAUAUACAAUUUUAACGAUAUUUUGCGAAUAUUAAUUUUUUAGAAACUUUAUUGUGAAUUGAUCUUAUGUGCCUUUAUAACAUAAGCAACUGGAUUUGAUAGUAAAGUUUGGUGAAAAAUGACACAAGUUUUAGUGUUUUUGCACAAAUGUUUUACUCAGUAUGUUUAAUUUUAAUUAUUUUAGAUAUUAUUGAUUGUUGAUAACGUAAGUCAGCUCAUAAGUUUAAAUGUUUAUAAUAACCGAAUAGUAUUGACUGCUUAGACACGUCGCAACAGUAAUCGAAUAGAAUGGUGCUUAGUUGAAGGUUUUCUUAGGAGUAAUUAGUAUUUAUAGUAAAAGUUACAACCACUUACAUUGUGUAGGUAUAUACAUAAAAUGUUUUCGAAUAUAAAGAAUCUAUUUUGUUAAAUCAAACGGAAAUAUUUAAAAAGAAAUAGUUACUGUUUUUCAUUUGUUGCCAUUUUCACAUUUAUAUGUCAGUGAAAAACUAGUCUGUGUAAGGCGUUUGCGCUGUUUGUAAAGCGACAUUUUGAUGUGACUCAAUUUAUUACUAUUUGUCAUUAUUUAUUUAUUUUAUCAUUUCAUUAGAAUUUUAAUGAUUAUUUAUUAUUGUGUGGUGAUUAUUAAUAUUUUAUUAAUAGGCAAUACGGACUCUUUCGAAUAUUAUAAUUACUAUCACACACGUUUUGUAUUGAAUGUGAAUAAAUUAUAUAGUUGAAAAA